CUCCUUUAGAACAAGAUGAUCCUUCUGCUCGGUCUGCUUUGCUCCAUCUGGGGAGAACCUGCUCUGGGUGUGGAGGAAGACAUAGGUUUCAGAUUAGAAGGGGACCUCCACCAGCUCGCAGUGAGCAAUGAAUCUGUUUACAUCUCUACACAGGAGAAGCUUUACCAGCUGAGCCACGACCUGACUCUGAUCAACAGCCUGAACCUAAGAGGGAUCUUAAAGAACCCGAGUCAACAGAACAAACAUGAGUUUCAUCGGGUCUCAAUCAAUGCUACCUGGAAUGUAACUUUUAUUGUAAAUGUUUUAUUACCUUUUGUGAACAAUGACACAAUAAUCAUCUGCGGUACGACAGGCAAGGGCUGUGGUUACUGUGAGGUUCUGGACCUGAGGAACAUCUCUAAGCUUGUGUACAGAGAACACAUCCAGAUGGGACCUCGGAGGAACAGCAGAGGUUCUGUCAACUUUUUGGUGAACGUGAAGAAGGAUUCAGUUCAGACUGAGACGUAUAUUCUGACUGCGAUCCAGAAAGACAGAGAGAACCAAGAGGAAACAAAGUGUCGAUCUGACUUAGAGACAAUCAACCUUCAAAACACAGAUCAGAAACAGUCUGGGGGGAUAUUUUCCGCGUCUGAUGAAGGGGAAACACCUAGCAUUAAAACUGAGGCUGGUGUCGAUUUUGUGGAUGGAUUUCAGAUCAAUUCAACAGUGUAUUUGUUCUCAAACUUGGCAUCAGGAGCUAAAACCAACAAAGUCUGUCUCAUUUGGCUUCAGGCAGAAACCAGUAAAGCUCAGACUCUAAAGUCUCUAGGUGGAGCGACUCUCAGUAGCUCUAAUGGAGGUGAAGGCAGCAGACUGCUGGCCUCCUCGGUCAUUGCAGGAGGAGAGCAGGUCUUUUGGAGCGGAGUGUUCAGUUUGGACGGGAAAGAGACCAACACUGAGCUGCUGCUAUUUGACAUCAGUCCUGAUCAAAGCACGACAACAGGCACCGAUCCAGACUUCUAUUACUCAUCAAACAAGCCAAACAAGCCGUCAGAACCUGUGGCCCUGAAACCAAAGGCGGUUCUUUUUAAGAAGAACAACAUGAACUCAGUUCUGGCCGUCAGACUUAACAGCUGGAUGGUUUUCUUCAUUGGAACAACAGAUGGACAGCUCAUCAAGCUUGCCGUAGACAAGAACUAUCAGUCCACCUGUCCAAAGAUCCUCUACAGAACCAGUGGUGACAACAGAGUGUUUCCUAAAAUCCAUCUGGAUCCAGUGGAUAAGAAACAUGUGUAUGUGCCGUUUAAAAACCAGGUGAAGAGUGUUCCGGUGUCAAACUGCAGCGCUCACCAAAAUGUGAAGGAUUGUCUUUCUGCACAGGACCCAUUCUGUGUCUGGUGUUUUAGUAAAAAAAGAUGCACAUUUGAAGGCGACUGCAAAGAUGGAAAGUGGUUUUCCAUUCCUGCUGAAUCAAAGCAGAAGAUAGUUUCUCAGAUGGUUAUGCAGCACUCCACAGGAGAGAUCAAACUAAUCAUUAAUACACAUCUGACUGUGGAGCAGCCAUUUAAGUCUAAUUUUAGCUGUCAGUUCUCUACAUCCUCCACCCAAAUUUGUCAAGAAACUGGACAACAACCACAGUACCAACAAUGCACCUGCAUUCUGAAGAACUCCCUUCCUACUGAUGAUCUUGAUGUCAAUGUAAAGAUCACACUUGGGGAAACAACGCUGGAAGACCAAAUAAAGGUGUCCAACUGUUCAAAUAUCAAUGGAGAUGCAAGUCUUCACCUGUGUCAGCGGUGUAUCAGAGCCGGAUGUGGAUGGGAACAGAACUGUUGUUCCUGGGCCACUGAUCCAGGCCAGAAGGAAAGCACUUGUGAAAAUAUGAAGUCUGGGAUUAAUUUUUUUAAACCAGAGAUCUCCUCCAUUUCUCCCAGUGUUGUGUCUUUCUAUGGCAGAAAUAAUGCUGUGCUGUCAGGUCAUAACCUCACACAUGUGACCAAAGUCAGGAUUCAGGAAGACAUGGACUGUGACCCAAAGGAAUCUCCUGUAAGGAAUAACAACGGGACCAGUCUGACGUUCCACAUUCCCAGUACAGAAACUAAAGGCAUUGUCAAAGUCUGUGUCCUCCUUCCAGAUGGAAGCUGCCAUGGCAACAGUGAAAUUAGAUAUCAGUCAUCACCAAUCUGCACAGAUGUUAAACCACCUAGCAGCUGGAGAAGUGGGAAGAGGAAGAUCACUCUUUUUGGGACUAACUUAGACCUGGUGGAGGGGAUCACACACGCAGACACCAAGGAUGAAGUCAUACCUUUAAUGAACAGAAGCUUUCAGAAACUCACCUAUGAAACACCUGAAGAAACAAACCCUGCAGUGUCCAGUAGCACUGUGUUUCUUAUAGUAGCCAAUAAGACACUGAAAUGCAACAAAAAAAUUGUUUACUAUCCUGACCCAGAGUUCACCAGCUUCACAGCCUUUAAGGAGGGCGAAUAUAUCCGCAUCCGUAUCGAAAAAAAGGCAGAUAAGCUGGAGAUGAAACAAGAAGAGUUGGAGAUUUGGGGGAUUCAAGGUGAAAAUAAGUAUCCAUGCAUCAAAAAAAAACAAAGGGAAAACAAGACAGAAGCUUUUACCUGUGAGAUCGAAGGACUGCAAAAUUCUGACAUUGAACAGAUAGAGAUAAAAUAUGGAGAAAAGCUUGUAACCCUGAACAAGCCAUCUCAAGUUCUCCUCUUAUUAACUUGUCUUAUGAUUCUACUGAUACCCAUCGUCAUUGUUGUGGCCUUUGUCAUCUAUAAGAGACAGCAGAAGCAGCUCACUGUUAAGAUGAACAGGUUCAUGGAGGACCUAGAGCUCGAUAUAAGGAACGACAUCAGACAAGGUUUUAUAGACUUGCAGACAGAGAAAGCUGAUCUGAUGGAAAACGUUGGAACGAUUCCUUUCCUGGAUUACAAGCACUUUGCUUCCAGAAUCCUCUUUCCAGAGAAUGAUACAUUGAUCACAAUGUGCAUCACGGACAUCGGUCAGGAUGUGGUGAAGGUUGAGCUUGAUGAGGGCUGCCAGACUUUCUCCAAGCUUAUCCAGGACCAGCUUUUUCUCACCACUAUGGUGCACGCUUUAGAGGAGCAGAAAAGCUUCACUAUCAAAGACAAGUGCACACUUGCAUCUCUGCUCAAUGUGGCACUUCACAGCAACCUGUCGUACCUGACGGAGGUGAUGGAGGUUCUGCUGAGGGAUCUGAUGCAGCAGAACAGCAACGCUCAACCCAAACUGUUGCUGAGGCGCACAGAGUCUACGGUGGAGAAGCUGCUGACCAAUUGGGUGUCAGUCUGCCUCUACGGCUUCCUGAGGGAAAGUGUAGGUCAGCAUCUGUUUCUGCUGGUGAGCGCGCUAACGCAGCAGAUCUCCAAGGGCCCCGUGGACUGUGUGACGGGGAAAGCUCUCUAUACGCUCAGUGAGGACUGGCUGCUGUGGCAGGCUCAGGACUUCACCCCACUGAAGCUGAAGGUGCUGUUUGCAGUGGGCAGUGAUGGAGAAGUAAGCGAGCCUCUGGAGGUGGACGCUCUCAGCUGUGACACCGUGGAGCAGCUCAAGGAGAAAAUCCUCAACACCUUCAAAUCCAAGUUCGGCUUCCCCUACAACACGCCUGUCAGAGAUGUUUGCAUCGAACUGGAGAAAGAUGGAUCGUUUUUUCCUCUGCAGGAGGUGGAUGCAGGCUCCGAGGUGAUCGGGGAGUUGACUAAGCUCAACACACUCAGACACUAUAAGAUUGAUGAUGGGGCAACAAUUAAAGUGCUAUCAACUAAAACUCAUCCUCCGCUAAGCCCACAGGGGAGUGUGCAAGAUGAUGAAAACUUCUGUGGAAAGUACUUCCAUUUGAUUGAUCCUGAUGUGGUGGAGGAGCAAGGGAGGAACCCAGAGAGGAAGAAGCUCAAACUGAAAGAGGUGUACCUGACCAAGCUGCUCUCCACCAAGGUGGCCGUUCAUUCAUAUGUGGAGAACCUCUUCAGGUCCAUCUGGGGGAUGUCCCAGAGCAGAGCCCCACUCGCCAUCAAAUACUUCUUUGACUUCCUGGAUGCUCAGGCAGAGAACAUGAAGAUCACAGAUCCAGACGUGCGACACAUCUGGAAGACCAACAGCCUGCCGCUGCGCUUCUGGAUCAACAUCCUGAAGAACCCGCAGUUUGUGUUCGACAUGGAGAAGACCCCCCAUGUGGAUGGCUGCCUGUCCGUCAUCGCUCAGGCCUUCAUGGACUCCUUCUCCCUGAGUGAGACCCAGCUGGGGAAGCACGCACCGACCAACAAGCUUCUCUACGCCAAAGAUAUCCCUAAGUUCAAGCAGGAGGUGAAGGUUUACUACAAACAGAUCCGAGAGCAGCCAGAAGUUAGCAACGCUGAGUUCAGAGACUUCCUGCAGGGAGAGUCCAAGAAACAUGAAGGGGAGUUCAACGAAGCCGCAGCCCUCAAAAAGCUCUAUGAAUUUGUACAGCGAUACUUCGAGCAGAUCAACGAGAAGCUGCUCAGCAACGGCGCCCCCACUGAGCUGCUGGAGCAACUGCAGCAUGUAAAAGACUUAUUUGACGGCCUGAAGAGCUGCUCAUGGAACUGAGCUCAUCCGUAAGCUGAACUUGAAUGAACUCGACAGGAAGGGAGGGGAGCUCUUCCACGUCUGUGACGAGGCAGUCGUCACCUUCAGUAAACAUGGAGCUGAAAACGUUUCAGACAUCAGAGCGAAGGAACCCCGCUGAGGAUUACUUUCAUGAAGUAAGCUGGAGAUAAAAACUGGAAGGACUGAACAUGUAAACAUGUAGCACCUUUAAACCUGGAAAACUUUUAAUAAACAAGCAAAAAAUUCACAUCAGCUUCUCAAACGGAGCAAAGGAAAUCGACAGCUGAGUUAUUAUUCAAGUUAAAAAAAAUAAGUUUGUACAUUUUUAUGUGCAAGUUUCUGUUCAUAGUGCCUUGAUGUCAACAUCAACCUCAGCUUCACACCCAGAAUGGCUUCAAAUGAUCUCAAAACAUUAAUGCUGAUUUCUAGUCAUUAUGCAAUGAAAAGGUUUGUUUUUUUCUGUUCCAUUUUGCAUAAAAUUGAAGAAAAUCUGUAUUUUGUUUCCCUAACAAUGUUUGUUUCUGUUCUAAAACCCAGAGAGAUAAAAAUCUUCUUUAAUUUAAACAUAAAA